GAGAUAAUUACAACACCUCUUUGUUUUUUCUUUAUUAUAUAUCGGACUUUGGGUCUGUGAUAUUCGACUUGAAGCCUCCUGACUCGGAGAAAACAGUACGAGAAAGGAAAGAAGGCAUCCUCCUCGGUACAACGGAUCUCGGCAACCACCACUCGCAGUCAUUUACAAGGGGAGCGAGCAUCAGGGAAGAGCAAUUACAUAAAGCAAGCGAUGAAUACGCACGGAACAUCAUCCCACCAUCUGGACACCAGCCUGACUACGGUGUGUGUUUUAGUAGUUCUACUUGCGAUCGCUGGCAACUUCUCACUUCUGCUGACUCUGUACCGCACGCCAAGCCUUCGGACGAAUCCUAACAUUCUCGUGGCGUCUUUAGCGGUCAGUAACCUUGUGGUGGGCGUGGUUGGAAAUGUAAUGAAUAUAUUCUCAACAUCUAAUACGUUUGUUUGGCUGUAUAUACAUUUGGUACCCGCUCUAAAUAUCUUUGCACUGUCGAUGGACAGAUACCUAGUGAUAAUUCAUGGUUUCGCAUACCAGCGACUUGCUAAUAAAGCACGAUACAUAUUGGUCGUACUGUUCAUUUGGGUUUUUUCGGCCAUCACUGGCGUGGCCCUGUCGAUGGUGGAAGAUGGAAAAGCAAACCAUCACAUUCACGCUGUGGUUUCCAUCUUUGCCUUCUUCUUCCCUCUGCUUGUGAUCAGCUUUUGUUACUCAAACAUCACAAGAGCUGCUUACCGUCACAUUAGAAAUAUCGCCGCCCUGGUACCGGCUCCACUGGAAAUCGCACCAUCGAGUGCAGAGCGCCACAUCAAAGUCAGAAAAGAAAUACCAGCAGCAGCAAACGACAGAAAGGCAGAGGCAGUAGACCAGAGAGAGACCCAGAUCCCAGCAGCACUUUGCGCCUCACAGGAAAACACACAAACGGAAGACUCUCACCAAAAGGGCAAAAGCUCCAACGGAGCCAUCCCACACGGCAACGAAAAAACCAACGACCAUCAGGAUGAAACACUAGCGGCAUCUCUCAACUCGGUAAACGAAACACCUAUGAACAGUCGUCAGGACCAAAAAGAAACAAACACCUCCCACGGAAUUACACCUUUGAAUAAGCAUCGCCGCCGUGAAAAUAAAGCUGCUAAAACAUUCGCCCUGGUUUCCGCGGUCUACAUGCUCUCCUACGCUCCAUGUGCGAUAUCUAAUAUAGUGUUUCUUGCACACGGUUAUCGACUGGAUGGAUACUCAAAAAGCUGGCUACACGCUAUCAUGACGCUUGGUUCCGCGCUCGACCCAGUUAUUUAUGCCGCUGGAAUCACCGCCUUCAGAAAAAGGCUAAAGCAGAUGGUCCCUAACUGUUUUAGAUCAACGCCGGAAAGUGCGAUUGAGAUGAAUAAUAAUAACAAGAGUACGACCCAAACAAGAACAUCAGAUCUUAGUCAGUAGGAAAGAACCGGAGAUAAUGCGUUUCGCCUUGCUUCAGAUACACAGAUAAACUUGGUCUCGAGCCCGGCUUGAGAGGACAUGUACAUACUAAAUCUGCUUUUCGUACACAUCCGGACAGGGACGUUUUACUUCUAUAAAUGUUUUUGUCAGAUCUUUGUUAUCUUAUAUCAGGGAUGCGGAAAAAAUGGCUUUAAAAUGAGUCUCGGCUGAUUUUUCUGUUAAUCAUUGUAUUGCUUUUUUCGAUCAUGAUCGGGGCUGGGUUAAAUAAUAAAUAGAAAAAAACCUUUUGUAAAAUAACUGGAUGACAAAAUCUGGGUCGAAUCACUUAAAAUAACCUUUUGUAAAAUGACUAGUUUAGGUAUUGAAAACGAAUCACACAGGCGUGAAACCUAGUAAUCAUCGUCGUCUUUGCUACGAAAUAAAAAUAGAUCUUAUGUUACAUUCUUAGUUUUCCACUAAGCGCAACGUCAGGAUUUUGAGGCUGUAUGAUGGCAAAAUGUUAGAGAAAAGAAUAACCUAUUAAUUAAGCCUCACUUGUUGGUUCGUUUUCACUCCAAAAUACUUGUUAGAGAAUAAAAUAACCAAAUUUGUCCUCA